GAUGCUCAUUCGGAGGCCGAUUCUAUUCUCUGGAGGACACAUGGCACCCAGACCUGGGGGAGCCCUUCGGUGUCAUGCACUGCGUCCAGUGCUACUGCGAACCUCAAAAGAGCCGUCGUGGCAAGGUGUUUGGGAAAGUAAACUGCAGGAACAUCAAGCAGGAUUGUCCGGAGCUGGACUGCGAUGAUCCCGUCCUGCUCCCAGGCCACUGCUGUAAAAGCUGUCCCAAAGGUGUUGAUGACAAGAAACAGACAGACUCUGUGCUGGACAGCUUUGAGUAUUUCCACGAGAAAAGCAGAGAGAAGGAGGAUGACCUCCACAAAUCUUACAACGACAGAUCCUACCUGAGCUCGGAGGAGGUGGGCCCUGGGGAGAGCCGCACUGACUUUGUAGCAGUGUUGACAGGAGUGACGGACUCAUGGCUGCCCAGCUCCAGUGGCGUUGCCAGAGCUCGCUUCUCUCUGACCAGAACCAGCUUGGCCUUCUCCAUCACAUACCAGAGAAUGGACCGCCCCAGUAAAAUAAUCUUCCUGGAUUCAGAUGGGACCACUGCUUUUGAGUACAGGGUCCCCAAAGGACAGUCUGACAUGAUCUGUGGAGUGUGGAAGAACCUGGCUAAGCCUCUAAUGCGGCAGCUGCAGUCUGAGCAGAUGCGCAUCAGCAUGAGCGCUUCCACGAGCAGACGAGAAGAAGUGGAGGGGAAGAUCAUCAAACACAGGGCGCUGUUUGCUGAGACAUUCAGUUCAACGCUGACAUCGGAGGAGGAUUCAGGCAUGGGAGGCAUCGCCAUGUUGACGCUGAGUGACACAGAGAACAACCUCCACUUCAUCCUCAUCCUUCAAGGCCUCAUCAAACACAAAGACAAAGAACCCCUUUUGAUGCCCAUCCGAGUCCAUCUUGUGUACCGCCAACACAUCUUGAGAGAGAUCCGAGCCAACAUCACCUCUCAUGAUCCUGACUUUGCGGAGGUGCUGACAGACCUGAACAGCCGCGAACUGUUUUGGUUAUCUCAUGGUCAGCUGGAGAUCGCCGUGGUGACCGAGGGUCAGGAUCCCCGACAAAUCUCCGGCUUCAUCACCGGGAGGAAAUCUUGUGACACUAUUCAAAGUGUGAUGUCCAGCGGUGAUGCCUUGACCCCGGGGAAGACAGGAGGCGUGGGAUCUGCUAUCUUCAACCUUCAUGAUAACGGCACGCUGGACUACCAGGUUCAGGUCGCAGGUCUCACCAGUGAUUUUCUUGGCCUCACUAUCGAGUUGAAACCGCGGCGGCGAAACAAACGCUCUGUGCUGUAUGACCUGACGCCGGAGUAUAACAAGGCCACGGGCAAGGCGCAGGGCAGCUGGAGUCGCCUGGAGGCUCGACAUAUCCACAUGCUGCUGCAGAACGAACUGUUCAUCAACGUGGCCACGGCACACAGCCAGGAGGGGGAGCUGAGGGGGCAGAUUAAGGCCCUGCUCUACAACGGCCUGGAAGCACCCAGAUAUGACUUGCCCACUCCUCUGGCCGGAAGCUUUGUGUCUCCACCAGUAAGAACUGGUGCCUCUGGCCAUGCCUGGGUGUCAGUGGACAAACAGUGUCACCUGCAUUAUGAGAUCGUUGUUGCGGGCCUCAGCAAGGCCGACGACCUCACUGUGAACGCCCACCUCCACGGACUGGCUGAGAUUGGAGAAAUAGACGACAGCAGCACGAGUCACAAGAGGCUGCUGACCGGCUUCUACGGCUCACAGGCUCAGGGAGUGUUAAAGGACAUCAGUGCUGAAUUACUGCAACACCUGGACCAAGGAACAGCCUUCAUCCAGGUCAGCACCAAGAUGAACCCCCGAGGAGAAAUACGAGGGCGGGUCCAUGUGCCCAACAACUGUGAGCUGGGGACCAGGGUGGACGCCGAGGAAGCUGAGUUUGACGACCUCUUUGUGAAGGACCCCGAGGAGCUGAAGAAAGACCCCCAUACCUGCUUCUUUGAGAACCAGCACCACGCUCAUGGCUCCCGCUGGACUCCCAACUACGACAAGUGUUUCUCCUGCAGCUGCCAGAAGCGAACUGUGAUCUGUGAUCCGGUCAUCUGUCCGGUGUUGACCUGCUCCCGAACCAUUCAGCCCGAGGGCAAGUGCUGCCCCGCCUGUGAUGAGAGGAAGGAGCCCAAGGACAUGAAAGCUCCAGAGAGAGUGGAUGAACAUCCUGAGGGUUGUUACUUUGAGGGAGACCAGAAGAUGCAUGCCCCAGGAACCACAUGGCAUCCCUUUGUACCUCCCUUUGGCUACAUUAAAUGUGCUGUCUGCACUUGCAAGGGAUCUUCAGGGGAAGUGCACUGUGAGAAGGUGACGUGUCCGCUGUUGACCUGCAGUCAUCCCGUAAGGCGUAAUCCCUCCGACUGCUGUAAGGAGUGUCCAGAGGAGGAGAGGACUCCUGCAGGCCUGGAGCACAGCGACAUGAUGCAAGCAGAUGGCCCGAGGCACUGCAAAUUUGGCAAGAACUAUUACCAGAACAGUGACAACUGGCAUCCCUGGGUGCCGCUAGUGGGGGAGAUGAAAUGCAUCAACUGCUGGUGUGAUCAUGGUGUGACCAAGUGUCAGAGGAAACAAUGUCCGGUGCUGACCUGCACCAACAUCAACCGCAGAGAGGGCGCUUGCUGCCCUGAAUGUCUCGACUCUUUAGAGGAAGACGACCUGAUGAUGAAAGCUCCAGACAAAAGGCGAACCUUUAGACACUGAUCUGUGGGCAGCCACACAAACAACACAGAACCCUCCUCUACCCAUUACCCCGUACCUGAUGGACCCAAACCCAGAGCUGCACACUGGGUCCCCCCCACCUACCCUCCCUCCUCACCUCACACCCACCCUGUUGUCAGCUUCAGGAUUGUAAUGAACAGAGAAGAGCAGAGACGGAGGAAUCAUAAAAACGGAAAUUUUCCAAAGACUCGAUUAGUGAAGGGAUGAAGCUAAGAAGAGGACCAACCAGACUUUACAAACCUGCUGCCUUCCGCUUCCUGCCUUUCAUUUUUGCUGGAAUUUUCUCUUUUUUUUCUUCAAAAACACUACAGUCUACUGUAUGAAUAUAACACAGCUGUUCAGUGGGAAUCUUUCUCUCAGUCAGUUGGUCCGGCUUUGUUUGGUAAGAUCGUGCAAGUUGUGUUUCGUUGACAGAGCUUCUUUUUGAAGCACAGCCACAGCUACUGUAGCUCUCAGCACUCUCACUGGAUAGAGAGGAAAGUGUUGCUUAAACCUGUGUGAAUGUGUAUGUGUGUGAAUGUGAUUGUGUGGGGUUUUUUUGCCAGUAAAGAAUAUGAUUAAUCAGCAAUACAGAAACACAACAAGACUGGGUUCAGAAACUGUAAAACAAGAACAAAAAAAGGGUGUUGUUUGCCAUCUCUUCAUUGGGAGAGAGGCUUGAAAAUGCUGUUGUUAUUUCAGUGUCAUACUUAAACACGAGCUUUGCCUUCACCUCCUGUUGAUCUCAUUGCUUCUCUGCUUCGGUUGUUCCUAUUUCUGUUUCGAAUUAAGUAAUAUUUUAUGGAUUUUUCUAUCAUUGUUGUUUAUGAAUAUGAAGCUGGUUUGUAUUUUGUAUUUAUUGAAUGGUGUGGAGACAAAAUAAAAAAAGAUGUUUGUUGGUAGAA